GCCUCCGUGUUGUGACAGUAGCGUCUCAGCUGGCCGUGAAAAACAGCGGCUCUUCGGUCGGUGGAGAAGGGGGAGCUUUCUUCUCGCGGAAAAAAGAGACUCUGCUGACUGAGAUGCGCGCGGCUCCGACGCAGCGGAGGUCGCGAGGCUGCUGGUGAAUUACAAUUGGCACGCGGAGCCACCGUGAACGACGGGCUUUUUAUUUUUAAAUCGCGUGCGACGAAUUUCCACCCCUUCCUGCUAAUUGUAGCUUUUUCACCGAAGGGGAUUUUUUUUUGUUUUGUCUUUUAGUCUGCCACAGGAAUGUUUUUGCCCGGCUGGGUUUUGCUACAGAGGACCACGAAGACCUUCGAAGGCAUCGGUCAUGCUCUCUGAACUCGACUUUAUCCAUCUGAGCCGAGGCGCUGCGCCUCCCUGUGUGUCUCUCACGAUUCGGACCCCGCCCGUGUUUAUCUACUGCUAAUUUGGAGAGAAAAUGCUGCUACCUCCACACCUCAACACCACAGAUGGCUGCAAGGUAAAGGCGUUGCUGGGAGAGUGAGUUGUGUCCCCAAAGUUACUUUGCAUGGAGGUCAAAGGACAUCUGAUAACAUCCAUGGGUUUGGGGACUCCUGAUGUUCAAAGCUGCCAGGACAGCAAACUGCAGGCUGAGAGGAUUGCAGCUCUGCAGGAGAGAAAGCAGACCCUGGAGGCUCUCCUCAAUGCCAGAGUGGGAGAGCUUAAACAAGUGUGUUUGCAGGAAGCGGAGCUGACUGGGAAGUUGCCGCGUGCUUUCCCUCUGGAGGUCGGGGAGAAACCCCCAGUGGUGCAGCGCAGAGCUGGCCUGGCGCCGAGCACCAAGGCAGAGGAUGACUCCGGCCAAAGAAAGCAGAUGAAGGCGAUCUUCACCGGCGCUCUAUGCAGACACUCUGAGUCAGACAGAAAUGGCCUGAACAGCAAGAGGACAGUCCACAGGGGGUGUCAUACAGAGGACACUGUGAUGUCAGAAAGUACCAGCUCCAUGUCGGAUUCAACGUCACACGACAACGACUCUUCGCCCAGCGUUGCUGCUGACCAGCGCUCCCUGUCUCAGCCCCGGCUCACCGUGGGAAGCCCCGACCACAGAAUCAGCAGGAAGCUCUCCCCUGUUGAGAUUUACUAUGAAAUGAGGACACGUCGCAACUCGGUCACAAGCUCUGUGAGCCCAACUCACUCUUUACCCAGAAGUGCUUCCAACGUUGAAGGUAGAAGUGUUCCAGCAACUCCGCUGUUGGCCCGAACUGCUCCAAUCAGCGUUCAUGUCAGGUCUGACGCAUCGGGUAGUAAUGGGUUGAAGCAGUGGUCUGGCAGCCUGGAUGUGCCGUACAUGAUUCCCCUGGCUCAGGAGGGCUCAUCUUCUGAUCGCAGGAGCUGCCCUUACAGCUCCAGAGCACGGCGCAGCAACAGCUCUGAGGCCCUCCUGGAUCGCUCCAGCCUGCCAGACGAGCCCGGACCCAGGAACGGCAUGCCUCAGCGGGGAGGACCGUACAAGAGCUCCGAGACCCUGACCGACGGCAAACUGCGGCAGAUUCAGCUCGGCAGCCCAGAGAGCCAAGGCGACGGCUCCGUGGAGCAGAGUAAAAUGCGUCUGUCGGUGGGCGGCAGAGGGGCCAGCGGAGGCUACAACGAACUACUGAUGGACUACAUCUGGGGAAAGCAGCAGAGGAUGCAGGUGCAGCACCAGUUGUACCAGUCCACAGGCCGAAUUUGGCAAGACAUGUCCUCUCCUCGUUCCUCUACUGCUGCAGUGCCUCCACAUGCCAACGGCUUCUCCCAUUCCCAGGUGAACCUUCCCAGUGCUGCAAGUCCUUACAGCCCCAUGGUCCUCAGAGGGUCCCAGGCGGAGCUCCGUAGGGUCAAGGUCACCAGGACCAAAUCUUGUGGGCCUUUCAUUCCUUUGCAGCAACAUUCACAAGACGGCAUUUUGCUCUCGGCGUAUGAGUCUCCUCUUCCUGCCACUGGCACCACCACAUCCUCCAUCCCCAACCUACUCCCAUAUCAGACUGAUAUGGGAGUAGGCCCCCGUAGGCCCCCGCAGUUUUCUCUCCCCACUCCAGAAGAUUCAACCAGAAGUCUACAUAAAGCUCUCGCCCUGGAGGGACUGAGGGACUGGUACUUGAGGAACGCCUUCGGCUACCCUCCCUCUGCCUCACAGGGCCAGGAGGCGGGCAUCUCUCGGCUCUCGCAUCCCCAUCCUCUGGUGCACCAUCCCCAGGCGCUUCAAGGGGAAACGGCCAACCUCCAAAGGCCUCAAAUACCCCAGUCAGCUAGCUUCCAUGGUCACCCCCUGCAUGGACGAUCAAUGGAGUUUUCUCUCUACCAGGAAACUCCAGAUCCACACAAGCAAGAGGCGACCCCAAAAGAGCCGAGUGCGGACCCAGACCUCAACAGACGAGUUAAAAGCAGCUGCAGGCCAACGCGGAGGGCUGGAGUGAGACCUGCUGUAUGGUUGUAGCACAUGACUGUAGGACAACAAAGGAAACUACAUUCAGCUGGAUUUGAGUGUCAUACAGAGCACUUUAUAAACAUCUGAAGCCUUAAUUCCCUAUUAAGUAGUCACCAGGAGACGGGCAGCAGUGAGGUUUUGCUAUGAGGCAAAGCUAAAGAGGCUCUUCAACGUCUGCUGUAAGUCUGCGUGUCGGUGUGUGGAUGGUGCUGAGGGGUUUCACACUGGCAUUUUAUUCCCAACUAAUCUCAUAACAGUAUAGUAUAAAAUAACCUCACCAUGCCUUCCACCCCCACGUGAGCAUCAUUGGUGGUUUGUGUGAGCAGGUCUCGCACUGUUACAUCCUGUAAAAUAAAAUGAAAACUGGUCUGUAUUUGUAGGGACUGUAAAUCAUGUGCUUGGGGUUUUUUUGUUGUUGUUGUUUAAAAGAAAAACUCAUUUUACAUUUUUCUACCGUAUGUUGCAUCAUAAUUCGUUUUCUAAUCAGACUCUGUAGCAUUUAGAAAAGCCAUGAGGCAUGAAAAAACUGAAAUACUGUUUGGUGUACCAUAACUUUUCUUUCUUUUUUUUAAUCGUAUUUGUUGUCGGUUUACAUACUUGAAGCAUUGCCAUUGUAGAACUAAUUUGAAUGUAAUUAUUUAAGUGUGUGACUCUACAUUUUUCCACUGUCUUAAAGUGUAGCACGCUGUGGAGUGCCAUGUUUUCUGAUGCGUUUCAGUUUCCAGCUUCACAAAUCUCCCUCCCAGCUCAUUAAAAACCUGAAAUCAAAGACCAAACUGCUGUGCACUGGGGGUCAGAAAGGUAUUUUUCAUAUAAUGUACUCUGUAAAUACAAAAUAAAUGCUAUGAAUUUAGCUCUAAAGCAAAAUGUAUUCAAACUAUAUUAUAUUUAUGAACCUAUAACAUUUUGUAGCCACCUACUGUAGCUCUUGGUGCAGGAAUUGCCAGUGUGUGUUUAAACCAUUUUAUCUAGCAGUGUGAUGCGUUGAUAUAUAAUUUGACUAUUUUUUUUCUUUUUCUUUUUUUUUCAAAAUAUAUAAAUGCAGCUGUUUUGUCUUUCCCUCUUCUCUUUCUAAUCAGGCCUAUGACUUUUGACUUAACAGACCUGCUCUCUGCUGUACCUUUGAGAUUUUGCAUUUGUUCUAAAUAAAGUGUCAUGUUGAAAUUA